CCAGGGGUCGCACUUCUGCCAGUUUCUCUCUGCGGAACCAUCGAGCAGCAACAGCUCCUCAGAACGGGGGGGGGAGUGGAUAGAGUGUGACACACUCCACCAAAAGUAAUGUGAACAGAAGCGGUGUGAGGGGGUAAACCAAGAUGGCCACCCGCCGUGUUCCACUAGUCUUGCUAGCCUGCGGCUCCUUUAAUCCCAUCACCAACCAGCACAUGAGGCUGUUUGAGCUGGCGAGAGACCACAUGCACAGCACAGGCCAGUACCAGGUGGUGGGUGGCAUCGUGUCUCCAGUGAGUGACGGUUAUGGAAAGCAAGGCCUGGUACUGGCUAAGCACCGAAUCGCUAUGGCAAAGCUGGCGCUCCAGAGCUCCAACUGGGUCACGGUUGAUGAAUGGGAGAGCCGGCAGCCAGACUGGACGGAGACUGUGGUCACCAUGAGGUAUCAUUAUGGGCGUAUUCUGAAGGAGUAUGAACAGAGCAGAGGAACGCACAACGACUCCAAUGGAAACCACACUGAACUCUCAAGCCCCGGUCCCCAGUUGAAGCUCCUGUGUGGAGCUGAUUUCCUCGACACUUUCAAGAUCCCUGGCCUGUGGCUGGACGACCACGUGGAGGAGGUGGCCGGACGUUUCGGCCUCGUCUGCGUCAGCCGAGGAGGGCUCGAGCCCGAGCGAGCCGUGCACGCGUCGGAAACGCUCUCGCGCCACCGUCAGAACAUUUCCCUCGUGAGGGAAUGGGUGAGGAAUGAGACGAGCGCCACCGAGGUCCGCCGGGCUCUGAGAUGGGAUCUGAGUGUGAAAUACCUGAUCCCAGACUCUGUGAUAGAAUAUAUUCACCAGCACAACCUCUACACGGAGGACAGCGAGAGGAGAAAUGAGGGCACGGUGCUGAGGCCGCUCGCCAAACAGAGCCUGGAUGACUGAUAGGUGGACCGCUGCAGCGUUGAGCUGAACAUGGGCCCUCGAAGUGUGACUUCACUCACAGAUCAGUGCUUCUCUUCAGAGACUGGAGGCUCUGUUGACUUCCACUGGACUGCAGCGUGAUAGAGGUCCGCACAACCUGCAAAGAAACACACGUCGGCCUAAAUGUGUUUUCCAGGCAUCACUUGUUUUCAGUGCCGCGGUGUCUUUUUAAUCAUACGCAUGGAGUGUUGCAAAUACUGAGCCUCAUCUUUGUGCCACAAUGUCAAUGGACGUUUGUUUGCUAAAAGUUUCCAUCCUUUGUAGUUUUACACAUUUCACAUCACUGCAGAGGAAUAAAAUCCUGUAUAUUUGA